AUGUCUGGCGAGAAGAUCUAUGAAGGCGUUUUCGCCGUUCACAAGCCCCAAGGCGUCACCUCCGCCGACGUAAUCCGCAAACUGCAGCACCAUUUCAACCCGUCCGACCUCUUCAAACCCUGGCUCGACACCGAGCGCGCCCGCCGCAACCGCGAGAGCAAUUUCCAGCGCAAGCGCCGCCGCUCGCAGCGCCUCGAUGUCAAGAUCGGACACGGCGGCACGCUAGACCCGCUGGCAACCGGGGUUCUCGUCACGGGCGUCGGAAAGGGCACGAAACACCUCAAUGACUUCUUGGGAUGCACGAAGACCUACGAGACCGUGGUGCUCUUCGGAGCAGAGACAGACACCUACGACCGUCUGGGGAAGAUUGUUCGCCGCGCGCCCUACGAGCAUAUCACGCGGGACGCGGUGGAGAAGGCUCUCGAGCAAUUUCGGGGCAAGAUCAUGCAGCACCCGCCGAUUUUCUCGGCGCUCAAGGUGCAGGGGAAGAAGCUUUACGAGUAUGCGCGGGAGGGAAAGGAGCCGCCGAUUGAGAUCAAGCCGCGUCCGGUGGAAGUCAGUGAUUUGAGGAUUGUGGAGUGGUAUGAACCCGGCACGCACGAGUAUCAGUGGCCUGAGGAGGAGGCCCCGGCAGAGGAGAAGGCAGUUGCGGAAAAGCUACUUGCGAAGGACGACGCUCUGCCUGUUGCCGAGUCUGUGGAGAAGGCCGACGCUGACGGCUCCUCCUCGUCCGCGAAACGUAAAUCCCCACCACCCGCGGAGACUCCUAAGAAUGAAGAACAAGAAGAAGAAGAAGAAGAAGACGCCAGCGGCGCGGCAGCCAAAAAGCAAAAGAUAUCUGCUGAGGGCGACGCAGCGCCAUCUGCGCAGCCUGAUUCUAAGCCCUCGGAAACUCCAGCCCCAUCCACCACCAUCACCGCCGAGCCACAAUCUGAUACGUCCUCUGAACCCCCCAAAUCCCAACCUGCUGCGGUGAAAAUCACCAUGACCGUGUCCUCUGGCUUCUAUGUUCGCUCGUUAGCGCACGAUCUCGGCAAAGCGCUUGGUAGUUGCGCGCUCAUGAGCUCGCUAAUCCGGUCGCGCCAGGCGCACUUUAACCUCGACUCAGAACAGAUACUAGAAUACAAGGAUCUCGACGCUGGUGAAGAAGUGUGGGGUCCCAAGGUUCAAAGAUUUUUGGAUGAGUGGGAGAAAAAGAGAGCCGUUGAGGAGGGUCAUGAACAGGCCCCAUAG